AUGACUUGCAAGUUCCUCGUGACCCCGGCGCCAAGGUCCCUUCGGCUCUUCUUCGAGAGCGUGAGCCCUUCAGCGCAGCGAUAUGCGCUAUUCUCAGCGUCUUCAGCGUAUCCUUGGAGUUGGGCGGGGGUUCUCAUCUUCCUCGGUCCAUUGCUGCGCGGCUUUCCGCACGGCAUUGCUAUAGCGCACCCCGCGUGGCUCCCUGAGCCCCUCGAGAGAGCCUUUUCGGUGGGUUGGCCGAGGAACCAUACCAUACGCGCUGUUGCGAGUUGGAAGCUUCCCACCCUCGAAUUCCCACCCUCGAACCUGGCGUCGAUUCUGCCCACGAAGUCGCCACGGGAAUCUAGCGGCGGCCUGGCCUCUAGCGACACCGACGAGAUGAGCGACUCCUUUCUCCGCGCUGCCCAGAUUCGCUCUUCCGACUCGCCGAGUCCACCCGCCGCAGCGGAGCUGAUCGCCUCACUCGGCGCAGACGAGCUGCAGGUUAUUGCGCUGUCGGUCGACGACCCGGCCAUUGUGUGCCGCAUGGCCGCAGUCUGUCGUCUGUGGCGUGCCACUGCGCACUCCGAGCCGGUGUGGGCGGCGUUGGCCGCCGCAUACUGGGUUGGACCACUCGCCCGCCCACCGACUGGAUCGGCGCGAGACGCCGUCGUCGGAAUAGAGUCGGCGCUCCGAGAUGUUGCGAGCGGACGGCGCCGGCUGGCGAUCCUGUUGGAGCAGAAUGGCGAGAUCCACGUCCCGCUGGCGUCUUGCCGCUGGACUUGCGCGCUCGACGCCUCGCCCUUCCGCAUCCUCUCCGUCUUUGGCGGGUCUCGGCCUUUCUGCUCCGUCUCGCUCCUCUCCAACGCAAGCGACGUGGGCGCCUCUGCUGUCGCCGAGGCUGCUGCUGUUCUCGAGCGGGACAAGGACGAGUUUCUCGGCUUGCUGGAGCCUGUCCCCUACUCCGAAGGCAAGUUAGGGCGACCCUUGUUGGAGCUCCACCCGGGCCGCGUGCACGAAGAGGAGGACUUUGACGAGGCGGACGCGAUGAUGAACUGGGAGGCGGGUGGCAGCCCGGGCCCAGGCCUCUUCCUCUCUUGCCACACCAACCACCGAGACAAGGGACGGCACCAGAGCUUGCAGUGGUUCCACCCCGACGGCGCAAAGACUGUGGGACCGCCCGGUGGUCGCCCCGUCGACGUGCUGCCCCAAUUCUACGAGGACCAGGAGCGGUGGCAUACGCCGACGAGCAGCGGCCACACGCCCGCGAUGAUCGCAGGGUGGGACAAUGAGCCGCCAUGGCAGGACGUCGGCGAGUGGAGGCAGGGCGGGGAGCCCGCUGGGUCCCGCUGCCGCUCCCUCUUCGUGGUGGCGGUGCAGCAGCGCGUCUCCGUCGCUAGCAGCCAUUUCGUCACGCGGCAGGAGGAGCUGCACCGGGAGUGGUUCCGCGUUGACUUCAGUCUUUUGUCUCUCAAGUCUCACAUGCACGCGCGUGUGGCACGUGGCCGUGGCGUUGCAGGGGGCGCUGUGUCAAGAGAGAUUUUUAGCAAUACCAAACAACUCUAA